UCGCGAAGCUCUCAUUUAUUGCUAUCCUUCACGACCAUCCAAGAACGCAGAUAGAGUGAGAGCGAGGGAGCGUGGGUUUUACCUGUGAGAAAGGUCCAGUGUGCUUCAGGUCCGAUAAAUGCAAAAAAUGUGCGGUAGGCCAGGCGAACGCCAAAUCAUCUAUAACCCUCACUUCUUCAACGCUUCAAUUUUUUUUUUGACCUUGCAUUCUAAAGUAAACUACUCGUCUCCCUACCUACGCUGUAAUAAGUCUCUCGAAGUAUUCUAUUCAUGAUGUUGUAAAUUAUAAUUGAGAAGAGGGCCUAUUUUUUUUUACCCUGAGUCAACAUGAUAAGAAGGCCUAUUCUUUUUUACCCUGAAUCAACAUUGCGAUUGUUCCUAUAAGAAUGUUGUCUUCCUCCGUUCUCGUCUCUGAGGUGGAACCUCUCCUCGAGCAUGACUCUCUGCGAGAAGGAAAACACUCAUCUCCGGAAGUUGCCGCACCCAAUGUCCAGCAGCGCAUCCUGGAUUUUGUUCGAACUAAGAUCACGGAGGAAAUAUUGCAUCCGUCGGAGCUCUACAGUCGCGAAAAAGAAGCUAAGAUUUUGGAUACAUCGAAGCGAUCGUCUCGUUUCAUGCGCUUUACGGAUCCGGCAAUACUGGAUCUCGUGGGAGCCUACGUGGAACAGGUGAACGCGAGAAACGUACUACGAGGAGGACAAGGUGUGAGCCUCAGCUCAAGUCCUUCCUCUACAGCCUCCGCGAGAAAAAGUACUAUGAAGUACAUUUUUACGCGGAAGGAUGUCACCUACAUUCGCUACGAUAAAGGUGACUUUUUUACGCCGCACGAAGACUAUCUGUCCUUGACGACCAACUUUGUGGAAGAGUGGACAGGUUUGAUGUGUGUUGGGGCAAGCGACGACUUGCUCGGUGGGGAAACCGUUUUUCAUCUCCACGAUGGGCAUCAUCCGCAGAGCGAUGAAGACAAUGAAGGAGAGCAGGCGAGGGGGAAGCUGGUCUCGCGCGCCACGGUUUCUCCGAAAAGUGCAGUUUUUUUUCGAAAAGACCUGACGCACGAAGGAGCGGCUGUCGAGAGAGGUGUAAAGGAAGUAAUCAUGUUUGAUUUGUGGGCGGUGCCUAGUGGGAGUGACAGGCAUGGUGCUCCUUGGAGUAGCAAUAUUACGGGACAAGAUUCAGCAAAGGUGUAUCCCGAUCCCCGUAGAGUAGGCGAAGGCGCAGCGACGGCACCAAAAGAACACCUCGUCGCCACAUCGAAGGAGCACGCCCUCGCGUCCUCUCGUCGUGCUGUAGCGAAAGUGGACGUGAUUGCUUUGUCAUUGUUGAGGGCACGGCGGAAGCCACACAACCUGGCAUCACCUACGACGGGAAAAAAAGCAGACGACCCAAGCUGCCUCACUGCAGCUGCAGAUGUCGAAAUUCUUUCUGAUAGUGGUAACCACGCAGUAGUGCACGAGCACCACGGCGACCACCUUACCCUAGUCCCGUACGCUAGUGUGAUGAGUAUGAGCAGAACUUUGCGCAUCAUAGUGGAGAAAUGUUUGGAGGGAUCUUCGGACGCAGAGAUUUCGGCCGCUGCCGGUGUAACUGUUAUUACAGGUCGAGAAGAAACUUCUUCAAAGCCAAAUACUGGGGAUACAAAACGGCUUCACCAGGAUGGCACGUUUGGGCGGUUCUUCAGGUGUGUGCGGAUUAAAGGGCAAAAUAAUUCUGAAGAGGAGAAAAGCGAAGGAGCAACUACACCGGGCGUGCUCUAUGUGCAGCUGGAGUACCAUGACGACCACGAGGGCCCUUCUACUUCUGUAUCCAACUACAGCACAAAAACUAGUCCACGUCUUUAUGACCGUCACUCUCCUUCUGCAUCAAAGGGAAAAGCUACUUCGAGAACCCCUCUGGAGGUCCUCGAGCGCGUCUUCAACCGGUGCUAUAUAAGCAAUGAGGAUUUUUUAGAAAACGAAACUCUAAUUCUCAAAGGUUUAGCUAUUCCACAAUCCUGCCUGUUGGUGGAAGUGGUGUAUCCAGAACAUUUGUUGACGCUGAAGAAGCCAGGUGGCUCAAGCCUCGCAGGAGGUGGAGGACCAAUACCAGUUUACAAGAAGGAAACGGACAAGAAGCGUAGUUGUUCAAGGGAAAAUUCUCCUCCUUUGCGCAAAGAAGAAGAGGAAACGGAAGUAGAUGUUGGUGAAAGAGCAAGUAGUGAGAACGGGAGCAACACGUGGUCGCGAGGAACAGUAGAAGCAGAUCAGAAGAGGAUGGCGGAAAAAAAUCAAUGGCACACUUUUGCCGAUCAGAGAGUGCUGGGGAAGAACUUCUUUUGCACAUCUUCGGAUUUGUUUAAUACCGCAGCGUCGAGAGCCAGCCACAGUGGUGCUUAUCGCUUGCAUUUCAAUGCUAUUGCGAAAGAGGAUAUUAUAGCCCUUGAGACUCCAGAAAAAACCGCCUUUCUCGCCAACAUCGUCCGGCAACACGAGCUACCCUUUUUGAGUUUCCACGUGAUUAUGGCGGAAGGCGCCUUUGCCCAGCAUAACGAUACGCAAAACCCGGGAUUGUGGCUGUCGACUAUGUGUCCAAUAUACGCUGCUUUCGGGGAUUGCUUUCACAUCAUGAACAGAAUGUUACGGCUAUUAAACUAGUAUCUGUAUAAUUGUUAAGACUAUUUGAGCAAAACCAUAGUGUGAUGUUCGUUCCUACUGAUUAAGAGGGUUAGAUACUGAUAAACAGGGAUGUUGAUCGUGAUACCCGUAUCCUAGCCUAGCCAAUAAUGAUAGAUAUGAAUCAUAGAGUGCUGAUACUAGGGCUCUGUACUGUGAACUGCGAAAUCGGGCAAUCAUAUGACAUAGUAAGAGCUAGCUAUUGCGAUGAUCGAUAAUGUUUUAGAAACUCGCUUCUCUAAGAAAAGGCCUAUUAGGAAUGAAGCACCGUCCAGGGAGACCCGUUUACAACCAUGAUUAGGGCUACGACCGCUGUUGCAUCCUCCGCAGCGUCCUUUCCCCCUUUUGCAAGCAUAAAAGAGAGGGACCAAGGAUGCCCCCAAGGAUGCAAGCGCUACGUCAAGUGCUAACAUGGGCGGGACCGCUCGUGGCGAAAAAUUCGAAAUCUCAUAAAACAGGACCGCAAGGAAGGCUAUCCACAUAUUGGCCCAGCGAGUCCGAUCCGAGACUAUGCUAGCAUCGUCAGAACCAUCCUAAUGUUAAGGGUAGGCUUUGUUACCGAAGGAUGGUCUCUGUUCCUCGUUCUGUUAAGUACUGUUUCUAUUACCGUUUGUUAUGGUUCUCCUAAGGGAGAAAAGCAUAACAGACGGCUAAGUAAGCGAACGCCAAAGCCCCACCGCUAAUAACAGGAGCAUCAGACUCGAAGCAGAGUCGGCCAGUCUAUUCCCCGAACGCAGAUCAUUCGUCGGAUGAUGAAGCCGCUUCGUGUAAUAAACUGCAUUCCAGAGAAAGGAGCUACGACUACACACGAAGGUUACGGACUCUUUUUUUGUUUGGGGUCUACCUGGUUACUACUCCUAUCUAGAAGACUACGCUUUUACAGCUUGGUGUUUCCUACUACGUAGAGAGCUUGUUAAGACUGAGAUCUUGAAAGUGUACUAAGGAUUCGGAAAUGGUAGGCUAUUAGGACCUCUAGUCGACUAGGAGUGCAGGAAGUCCGAAUCGAGGCAAAUCGAGUAGGUCUUCUGAUACGAGUCACGUGAAAAGGCUCCACGGCCUCCUGUUGUUCCUUCUAAUGUGCGACUUUGUGAAGGCCUUGGGGGGCCGCCCAAAAUACGCAAGGCAGAGGAUGUUAGAGCCGAAACAAAGUUGGGAGCUGAAGAAUGCAGCGGAGUCUGGGAAAUGGCCUAUCUCUUUCGAAAAAAAGGGUGGCAGAACGUUUUUAAAAGACAAGAAACAAAGAUCACAGAUUCGGACAAAGUUUUAUGGCUACAACUGUUGCGACAAGUCUACGACAAUUAUGUCUCUAGCAAGUUAGCACCUUUUCCGAACAAAUUAAAAACUCUAGCAUCAAGUUACAGGGUAGGACAUUCUUCUUCUUCUUCUUCUUCUUCUUCUACAAGUACUACAAUGUCUGAUAUUCUUGCUACAAGUACUACAAUGUCUGACAUUCUUCUUCUUCUAAAAACUGGAGCAGAUGCAGUUUUUCGAGCGGUUGAAGGAAAGGCUGAAGACCACAAAUUUCGUGUAUCCGCAGAGGAAGCAGUCUUUCGCAACCUCUUUCUGCAAUGAAAUUCAUUUUGCGAAUCUGAAUUUGAUCUUGAUGACCGGCUUCAUCCGAGUUGACGAUGAUUGCGAUUCGUCGACGUGGUCUAAUAUCGUGGUUGGGCCAGCACCAGCACCUGCCAAGGAGUCGCUUAAUUUGAAGGGAACAAACGGGGACCUUUCCAACAUGAAUACAAGCACAACAAUAUCACCGAAGAAGAACGAAUCCGGAUUUCUGAAAUUUUCUCCCGAUUCUCGCGUAGAAGGAGGAGGAAGAAGAGGUCUCCUGAGUGAAAGCCGACAAGAACAAGUAGAUGCUGAAGAUGCAAGAAGUGGUGCAAAAAUCCAAAACGAAGAUAUAGGAGUACAGCUCUUUGCACGUUUAACGCGGCUAAGCGGUGACGCUAUAGAGGUCCCCUUACUGCCAAAAGCUUCAUCUUGUGGAGUACCUUCGUCUUCGAGCAGCCUUGAGCAGGCGUUGGGCACUGAAGAUUCGUCUACCUCAGCCGCGAAAGAAGUAGCAACAACAACCAUAAAACAAGUAUUACAAAAUGACAAGGUCCCAAUUGCUCAGUUGGAAAGGUGGGUGGCGCAAGAAAAGAAAAUAUCCUAUGCUGACUUGCGAAAGCUGGUCUAUGUUGCACUGAAUGCUCAGCGUGGUUUAGUGGUUCUUUCUGAAGCGGGGUUCUUCGAGCCAGUGAUCAACAAGCAGCCUAUUGAAGACAACACACGACAAGGCUUGGCACAGCUUUUUAAGCCUAAGAAGGUGAACACGAGUAGGAAGCACAGGCUUAAGAGAAAAGUGCUUGAACAAGCGGGUCCGGGAAGGAAUGUAUCACCAUUACGGCAACCGCGGGAGCAUCCUCCGCACCAUCCCUGGUCCCUUUUUCAAGGGCAAAAAGGGGCCAGGGAUGGUCUAAGGGAUGCGACUCGGCAGCUCUAACGCCACGAACUCCUAGGACUGCAGAGGAGGAGGGUCUGGAUUCGCCGCGAACUCCUAGGACUGCAGAGGAGGAGGGUCUGGAUUCGCCGCGAGCUCCUAGUAGUAACAGUAAUGUUGGUCAUGAUGAGAUUCCAUUAAGAGCAGUGGGAAUUAUUGGAUCUUCACUGGGAGGUAACGAUAAAACCCGUAACGAAACAUCUGAUUCUGAAAUAGGCGAAAUCCUAGAUUCCGAAAAAUCUCCUGCGAUCGAUUUCUCAACUUCCUCGGAGCUUGCGAGGUUUUUAUCUUUGAUGCGAAGCCGCGACACUGCUGAUAGUGGGGGAGGAGAUGACCAUGACAGAUCAUCAGUUCGAUUUGUCUUUUCCUUAGAGGAGAAGUUGCAAGUGAUUAUCAAACCACCGAGUAUAUCGAAGGAUCAGCCACAAGGGAGACUCUUUCAUAAUUUUUCCUUACGAUACGUUAAGGAGGAACUGUUAGAAGAAUUUGAAGGCGUGCAAAUGGCACUGCGUCAGACACAGCAAAGCAAGCAAGACGUGUACAAACACUGGCGACAACAUGCUGGACUGACUGAAAGAGGACUCUUAUCCUCGAACAGCCCAAGUACGAGCUCGGGAGGGGAAGAGGAUAAUGCGGCUAAUGAUGCUUAACUCUGUGACUUCGAGAGAAGACUCUAGAUUAGAAAAAUAUCAACACCGAGUAGGCAACUACGUUGCUUUUCAACAUCCCAGUAAGGCUUAUCUGAGACCACU